AUGGUAGUAACUGACAAUGCCAGUAAUAUCACCAACGCCAUUGUUGAUUUCCUACAGUUAAAACACUACGGGUGCUAUGCACACAAAAUUAAUUUAAUUGUUCAGAAAUCUGUCGAGCCAGCAAAUCAAAUGAUUGCUAAAGUGAAAUCUAUCGUGGCUCACUUCAAACGAAGUAACAAGGCAGCUUUAAAACUUGUGAAGUACCAGGAGCAAUCUGGAAUAAAAGAACCGAAAAGGUUAAUUCAAGACAUAGUCACGAGAUGGAACUCUACAUUUUUUAUGUUGGAGAGAUUUGUACUUCUUGAGGAAGCGAUUAAGCACUCUUUAGCCCUCCUGGAUACAGGCCUCACUCCCCUGACCGCAGACGAAUGGGAAGUAUGUAAACAACUGUGCAGUAUACUGGAACCAUUCCACGAAGUAACUAAAGAGAUGAGCACGGAAAAAUAUCUCACAGCCAGUAAGGUGAUUCCCAUUACGAAAGGACUUAAAUCAGCAAUAACUAAGCUAUCAAGAAACGUGUCUAAAGACUUGGUGAAAACUAUUUCUUCCAACAUGCUGAAAGGAAUAGAUGAAAGGUUCCCAAAUUUGGAAAAAAGCAAAUCGUUUUCGCUUUGUACUUUUCUCGAUCCCAAGUACAAACAUUACCUAUUUCAAGAGGCAAGUACUGAGAGAGAAACAAAAGACAAUGUGAUCAAGUUGGUUACUGGUUUUAUAAAUCAAAAGGCAAAAGAUUCAACAAUUCAAGAAACCGAUGAGCCAAACCCACUUGAAGCAGAAGGAAAGACAAAAGUUUCUGUGUGGGAUGACUGUGACGAGACGAUAAGAAAAGUGAAACCACAGGGUACUGCGUAUUCAUCGGCCAUCAGAGAGGUUCAACGUUAUAUGGAUGACCCACCCAUCUCAAGAAAAGAAAAUUCAUUGGAAUGGUGGAAAAAACACCAAUAUGAUUAUCCAAAUCUAUCAGCAAUAGUAAAGCUACGGUGUAAUUUGGUGGCCACGUCCGUUCCCAGUGAACGCGUCUUCUCAAAGACAGGCUACAUCCUAACGGAGCGCCGCAGACGACUCACUUCGCAAAAAGUGAAAGAGCUAAUGUUCCUAAAUAUGAACACUUGA